UCGAUAAGCCAUGUAGCUUUCGAUAUCGGUAACCGACACCGGUGCAAUGCGGAAGACUUUGUACAGCUAGUACAAAUUAAAAUAACUAUUUUAGUGAAGUUUUGUUUUAAUACUCAAUAAACCUAUCACAGUUCGAAGCAGAACACACGCAGAAGACUGUUGUAAGAGAUAAGACUCGUACAGAGUUCAUAACAUGACCCUGGACAGGUACAAGCUAGUUGUCGUCGGAGACGGGGGGUCUGGAAAGACGUGUCUGUUGACGGUGUUCUGCAACGGCACCUUCCCCGAGACGUAUGUCCCUACGAUCUUCGAAAACAGCAUCAGCUCCAUCACCGUCGAUAACAAACAGGUAGAACUGGAGCUGUGGGAUACCGCCGGCCAAGAAGAAUAUGACAGGCUCCGCCCACUUUCUUACACGCACAGCCACGUGGUGAUCAUCUGCUUUUCGUUCGACUGUCCAGACAGCUUGGAAAACGCUGCAGAGAGAUGGAAACCGGAAAUAGCACAUCAUUUAGAGAAAGUGCCGAUCGUUUUAGUUGGAAACAAAAAAGAUCUUAUUAACAGCCGUACAGUGAGAGCCGAUCUGGCCAAGUACGGCCAGAGACCGAUCACAAGCGAAGAUGGACGGAGAAUGGCGACUCGUCUCGGCGUCAGCGCCUACCUGGAGUGCUCUUCUAAAACACAGAACGGUGUUCAGACGGUGUUUGAGACGGCAACGAGAAUAGCCAUGUCCUACGCGGUUAAGAAACCAGCAAAGGGGUGUACAUUGUUGUAGAUCAAAUUGUUAAACGCUAUUGGCGUAGCCGCGGGGAGUGAGUGUUGGGGAGGGGACGCAUGGGGGCCAUCUCGUUUUAAUCCCCCACCCCCACCACCUUUAGUAUUAUCCCCAUAACAC